AAUAGAAUCUCUCCAUCUCGAGUUCUCGACUGUCAGAGUCAAGGUUAUGAUCGAUUGGUACAUAGAGAAGAAUUUCAAAGAUCUGUAACUUGAGGCAUACAAGCAACAAGGUGAAGAAUUUGCAACUAGAGAAGUUCUCAAUUAGGAGGAUCUAUCAAACAAUCUCCUCGGCUUCAGGUAAAGAUGAGGAGGGUGUUUAAAAUAUCUGAUAUAGCAGCAGCAAGAUCUGAGCUACAGUAUUUCCACCAUAGAUUUUAUUUAUCUAAACGCCUAACGGAUCCAACAACAAUACCUGACCCCAAACCCACCUCGGCCCGAUGGUUUUCUACCGAAGAAUCCGAAUCUUCAUCCAAACCCAUUAUGGAUUUGUAUGCACAAUUCGCCAAUAAAUGGGUAUACGCUGAGGUGCGAGCUAAAGAAGCAUUGAUUGAACAAGUUUCUGUAUUCAGAGAUGAAUUGAUGAAGAAUGUGAAAGAUGAGACCUCGUUUGAAACAUUUUUGGAAGUUGAGGGGUGGAACUUGUUCAAGAUGUAUUCUGAUGGUGCUGCUUUGCUUGAGCUUCUCAGGUUAUUGGAGGAAUCUUCUCCAAGUUUGGCUAUCAAGGUUUUCAAUUGGAGAAGGAGACGAGGAGAUAAUAGGAGGCCUAUAUCAUCAGAAGAGUAUGUGAAAGGCAUUAAAAUCGCGGGUAGAAUGAAGAAUGUAGAUCUAGCCGUUGAAAUUUUCAUGGAAGCUGCAACCAAUCGGAUCAAGAAUGUUUCUACUUACAAUGCCCUCAUGGGUGCUUAUAUGUAUAAUGGCCUCAGUGAGAAAUGCCAGUCGGUUUAUCGUGAUUUAAGGCAAGAUAUCAACUGCUGCCCCACAUCAGUUACGUUUAACAUGCUCAUAUCACUUUUUGGCCAAAGGGUUCUUACAGAUCAAAUGGAGUCGGUGUUCCAAGAAAUGAAAGAUUUGAAUAUCUCCCCUGAUUUGAACACAUACAACAACAUGAUUGCCGGUUAUCUCACUGCUUGGAUGUGGGAUAGUAUGGAGAAUACUUACCAUACGAUGAUGGAGACGGGAUCCGUAUACCCUGAUCUCAGUACGCACUUGCUAAUGCUUCGUGGGUAUGCGCAUUCAGGUAAUUUGGAGAAAAUGGAAGAGAUUUAUGAAAUGGUGGGAUCGCAUGUUCGUGAAAAGCAUAUUUCUCUAAUAAGAGCUAUGAUAUGUGCAUACUGUAGUAGUAGUUAUACACAUAGAGUCAAAAGGAUUGAAGAACUAAUGAGACUAAUCCCUGAGAACGAGUACAGACCGUGGUUAAAUGUGCUACUUAUUAGGGUAUACGCAGAAGAAAAUUUGGUUGACGAAAUGGAUAGGUCAAUAGACGAGGCAUUUGAGCAUAACACAAGUGUGAACACUGUGAAAAUCAUGCGCUGUAUCGCUGGAAGUUAUUUUAGAAACAAUGCUGUGGAGCGGUUGGCGAAAUUCAUAAAGCGUGCAGAGGAUUCAGGGUGGAGAAUUUAUCGGUCGCUGUAUCAUGGGCUUAUGGUGAUGUUGUCGUCAGAGAAACGCUUACAGGAAAUGGAACAGGUUGUUAUUGAAAUGGAGAAGUUUAACUAUGGGUACUCAAAAAGAACACUUUAUAUAUUAUACAAGGCCUACUCGGAACAGGAAGAAGGUUACAGGCAUAAAUUUCAUCGGGUGUUGGGGUUGAUGUGUAAGCAUGGUUACGGAGUUCCAUCGUAGCAGACAGAUAGACAGACAGAUAGAUAUAUUUCUUCAAUGUAGCAUAUACCAUUGACCUGCAAACAUCGGUAUGUUUUCUUUUCUUCUCGCUUAUCAACUCGUGUUUUGGUAUACUUGUUCGAGAUGCCGAUGAGCAAAAAGUUUCGACAAAUAACGAAGAUAUGAAAGCACGAUUUUGAAUUUGUACGAGUGUUCUUCUGGGGGCAUAAUCAUUCAACUUUUCUUUCAAUCACUUUGUUUGGUUUAUUGAUGUAAACCAUCAUUCUUAUAAAUAUUACAACGUUGUUGCAAGAAUGACAGAUUUAUCCU